UCCAUUAAAUGGAAAAUCUGCGUAGGCAAUGUAAAACGUUGGCUCCAUGCUAAAAACUACUCCCUAGUAAACAAAUGUUAACAAUUUGUAAACACUCUGGGAACGAGGGGAUCUGCUUGGGGUACACAGACAAUUUCUUCCAUUUUCUUCCAUAGCUCCGAGAGGUUGAAAACAACUUGAAGAAUGGAAGUUGAGUGGGUGAAGAAAUGUUCAUUCGUGCUCAUACUUCUACAGUUGUACAGUCUGUCAAUUCACCGCACGGCCUCUGACAUUUGCUCGACUCACAUCAUCUUGCCGGGACCUAAAGGUGAUCAGGGUGAAAAGGGUGACAUUGGUGAACCUGGAAGAUCAGGAAAACUAGGACCACCUGGGUCAAAAGGACUGAUUGGUGAGCCGGGACAGAAAGGAGAAAUUGGACAAAGAGGUAAAAUUGGUCCAGUUGGUGCAAAGGGCGACAAAGGAAAUAGAGGGUAUCCAGGACCUCCAGGAAACAAAGGCCAACCAGGCCACUCCUGUGAUUGUGGAAGAUACCGGAAAAUUGUAGGCCAAAUGGAUAUCAACAUAGUUCGACUGAAUAACACAAUGCGCUUUGUAAAAAAUGUGAUCGCAGGUGUCAAAGAAACUGAGGAGAAAUUCUACCUGAUUGUGAAAGAAGUGAAGAACUACAAUUCUGCGCUUGUGCACUGCAAGGACAGGGGAGGAUCGCUGGCAAUGCCAAAAGAUGAAGAAACAAACUCCUUGCUUGCAGCCUACGUGAAUAAAACUGGCUUAUCUCGGGUGUUUAUUGGUGUGAAUGAUCUGGAGAAGGAAAGGCAGUUCAUGUACAUUGACUCUACCCCACUACAGAAUUACAGUCACUGGAGACCAGGCGAACCAAACAAUGCGUUUGGUGGUGAAGACUGUGUAGAAAUGGUAAGUGAUGGGGGUUGGAAUGAUGUUGAGUGUCACCUCUCAAUAUACUUUGUCUGUGAAUUUUUAAAGACUUCAUAAUCUAAUCUAUAUGUUUUCUAUAUAAUAAUAAGAAAUUCUCCCUGUAUAUUCAUAUAUUCAGUAUGUAGUGAGUUUCAUAAUUAAGAACAUAUUAAGGUCUACCAAUUGUAUAUCCUACCCACCUACUGCCCAUUACACCACUGGCAUUUAGGACAGCAAUGAAGGCCCUCCAUCUCUGGUGGUGUUCAGGGCUUCCUUCAUUAUGUCAGUAACUCCAUUUUCACUACUGUCAGCCACGUAGGUUCCAGGUGGAGACUCAGGAAUACCAUCACACUCAGAUGUAGAAGGAUUCUUCAUUGCUGUUCCCAUAUCAAUUUUGUUUGACCAGUCAGGGUGUUUAGCCCUGAGCUGAACCCCUGAACCUGGGGGACCAGUGGGCCACUCUUAGUCUGACAUCUGCCACUUGCUCCGCCUGGCAUGGGUGACCCCCACCAAGGGUCAACGCAUAAAGCCUUGACUCUAACCAACAUAAAUCUCUGAGUUACUGAGCCUCCAAGACAUGACAAGGUUGUGGUCCUCUUGGAGGACCAAUUAUAUGCCAACUCCUAAAAUUAUUUGCAAAGAUCCUCAAUUUAAAAGUCAAUUAUCAUAGAAAACAGUGUUGAUAAAAAUAUAUUUUGAGCUAGAAUGUUCAUGCUUCAGACAUUUUGUAUUAGGAUGCUUUGCAACUUAAUAAAAAAUAAUCAAAUACUUAAUUCUCGUAAAGAAAAUCAGCUUUAUUUGUCACGUACAUUCAAAUAUCGAAACGUACAGUGAAGUGCAUUGUUUAUGUCAAUAACUGACACGGUCUGAGGAUGUACUGGGUGCAACCUGUAAGUGUCACCAUGCUUCUGACACCAACAUAGCAUGCCCUCAACUCACUAACUCGGAGUGAGUGGGAAGAAACUGAGGCACCCAGAGGAAAUCCACAUGGCCAGAAGGAGAACUUACAGUCGCCAUACAGACAGCAGUAGGCAGUGAUUCCUAAUCUUACAGCUACCAUUGUGAAGUGUCACACUAAUAGCUAUGCUACUGUGCUGCCCACUAGAAAGUCAAAUAUCGGUAGGAAACAGCAAUGAAAAAUGCACGUACUGAUCUGGAAUUUGGUUGUUUUGGACAUUUUGUAUUAGGAUAUUUUUCAACUUAAUA